AUGAAGAGAAGUUUUGAACAUUUUGUUGGAGGAAAUCUUGGAGAAAGAGCCAGCCAUUCCUAUCCGCCUGCAUCGUCUUCAUCGCCGAUGAGCAACAAUGCAACACCGAGUACUAACAACAGCAUUGCCGAGAACAGCCUAUCUACGGAGAGUAAUAACAACAAUAACAGGUUACUGGAAAAUAACAAUGACCCUAUUGCUACCGGUGCUAGACUUUUAAAUGAUUUUCUGGUCAACCCAUCCCUUUUCCAGCAACAAUAUCAAUCCGUUUUGAGGCAGAUCAUGAAAUCCUCCUCUCUCUCAACGACUCUUUUUGAUGGUAGCAAUGGAUGUAGUAGCAGUGUGCAUCAUCCAAAGUGCCCAUCACCAACAACAAUACUUCCCUCUUCACUGAUCAGAAACCCUUACCAGGUGACCAUAUCUGUAACCGUACCUUCAACAACUGCUUUGUCUCUUCUCCAGAUGAGCAAUACUAUUACUCUUUCCUCAUUAGGCAAUUCUACAAGUAACACAUCAUCAACCAUUCCACCAACGAAGAAUCACAACCACUGCCACUCUCAUGUAUCACUUACUUCCAAUAACCACACUUUAACAACCUCUUGUACCACCACCUCUUCUACUCCAUUAACCGACUCUGGCUCACUCUUUGGGUGUUCCAAUGUACCAUCCUCUUCUCAAACUUCAUCCUCUCAAUCAGUGAUCAAUUCCACGCCUCCCUCCUCUCGAUCGAAUUGUGACAGUCCAAGCAGUAUGGAGAGAUCUAACAAAAAACUAAAACUCACCACUUUGGGUCAUCUUGUUAAAAGUCUUCCCUACUGUAUCAAGUUGUUGAUUUUACAUUUUGUUGAGCUACCCAUUCUUCAAUACGUAGAGUUCAAAGAAUUGCCUCAACCAUUUGAUAUGUCAAAGUUCGAACAUUCUCGCCAACUAGGAGCACACUUGAUGAAAAUACUGUUUGGCUAUUUCUCUCAUGAUUCUACAAGAACAAUCCAUUUAUUGUUUCCUUGCUUGGACUUUACAACUCAUUGUCAAGACCCUGCCCAUCAUCACUUUGAAGAUCACUCUGAAAGUGAUAGCAGCUAUAAUCACACGAUUCAAGGGUCAUCCACAUCCUUUCAAUCUCCUAUUCACCAUUUGACCAAUUCAUCCUCCACACACUGUCCCUUAGAAUCCAUUCGUUUUACUGACAAUCUUGAGUAUUUAAUAUUUAGAAGCAGAAAAUUUAUUUCUCUCAAAUUUUCUGAUUGCAACCUGAGUGGUGAAGAAAUGAAAUGUUUUGGAGUGGCAAAACAAGGAAUGGAAACCCUCAAACACAACAGCUUGAAAAUACUUGAUUUCAGUAAGAACCACAACUUCUCUGCUGCUGGUUUUAAACAGUACUUACCCACCAUUGAACAAAUGCAUGGUGCCUACCCUUAUCCCAAUUUAACUUAUUUAAAUCUUCUGGAAACGGCAACUGAUGCUGUUUCUCUUUUGUACGCAUGUACCAGUUUUCCCAAGCUUCAAAUUCUUAAACACUCCUUCUCACGAGAACAUGUUGUGGAAUACAACAUUUGUGUGAAAGGCCUAGCUGCUCAUAAGCAUCUUCAACAAUUGCACCUCGAAUGCACCUCUGGAUACUAUGAACUCAAUAUGAAAGAUUUGCUUCAAUCGAAAUCACUUAAAAAGAUUGCCUUGUUUGGGUUUCAGUUUUCUGAUGAUAAUGUCUCGUGUGAAGCAUUUAGAAAUAAUACUUCAUUGAAAAAGCUCUCACUUACUAACUGUUUCAUUGCUCCUAACAGAGAGAAGGUAGCAGAAUCUAUUUCUAGCAGUCGAUCAAUCAGAGAACUGAUAUUUUCAGACAUUAACCUUGAGAAUAAGGAUAUUCAACUUAUAUCUGAACGAAUGGAUUUGCUACAGAACCUAAUCAUUGGAGGAUGUGACUCCUUUCAUAUGAAUACUACAGGUUUUACCAAUUUUAACAUGCUAAAAAGUCUUCAAAAGUUUGUUAUUGAUGGUUUUAGCGACUAUUGCUCUCUUAACUUUGAAACUUGUAAGGCUUUUUGCCUUUCUAGCUUGACAUUUCUAGAAUUAGAUGGAUUUCAAGAGGCUAAUGAUUCCUAUUUAGCUCUCAUGUUAAAACAAGGUGUCAACUUGAAGGCUCUUAAGGUUAAACAAACCAGGAUUGCUUGUAAACACAACCACACUGAAUUAGCUGCUGCAUUGAGAAAUCACAAAUGUCUUCGCCAUUUGAAGCUAGAUGAAAACGAGGCUAUUGGUGAUUCUGGAGUUAUGUUUUUGCUACGCAAUCUUCCUCCCUCGCUAGUUAAACUUGGAUUGACAAUGUGUAACAUUAGUGACAUUGGAGCCAAAGCACUUCUAUCCAACAAACAAAUCAGAAAACUCAAAGUGAAAAUGAACAAUAUCACGGACGAGUCGUUAAAGCUGUUGAGAUAUAAUACGACACUUAUUUAUAUCAGCAUUGACGCUCUUAGAGGAGAGGAAGUAGUAAGAAUUAUUGGAGAAGAAAACAAAACAUUGAAGCAACUCAGUGUAAUUAGCAUUCCACUAACAGACGCAACCAUUGAUAGUCUUACAAAGAACACUACACUUCAUUAUCUUAAAAUUAAGAACUGUGAUCACUUAAACAAGGAGUUGAAACAAAAGUUGACGGACAGAGCAUCCUUUGGCGUGAUUUUCAGAGGAAUAUUCUCAGAGAAUGCAUUCUUGUAG